CCACUUGUGUCCAGAACUGGGGUUUGGAGGGGAAGAAGAUGGAACUUAGGGGACUCCGUGAUACCUCCAAAGGUGUACUCGCAGCCACGCCCUCAUUCCUGCUCCUGUUCACUUAAUUUCUUCCAUUUUCUCAUGUCAUUCCCAGCAAGGCUGAUGAAAUACAAUGGGAGUCCCUACAAGUCGUACAGUGCCUCAAUUUCUGCUCCAAAGACAGUUCCCCAGGGAGUAAAGCCUGUGUUGAAUGAAAUAGAAAUACUGAAAUCACAACAGGACAAAAAUGAAUGCUAAAAAGCUAGGAAAACGAAGUGCAAUGACUUUUCCCAUUCUGAAAUCAAGAAAGAAACAUAACUUCAACUCUAUAAGGAAGUUUCCUGGAGUAAUUUUGUCUGGUAUGCAUUCAAGAACAAUUCCAAAACAGUCAUCCCGAAUGGACAGUAAGGCUCAAAACCAACAACCGACUUCCAAGCACAAGAACCUGAGGCUGAACCGAUAUUUGCGUAAGAAAGCAAACACCAACGUUACCUCACUUCCUCAUCUGGACAAUCAUGGGAGGAAAAAUGUGUCCAAUGUGGCAAAGAUCCCUCCUCAGAACAAUAACCUCCCACUCAUCAACAGCAAAAGGGUAUCGAAGAAUAACCAAUGCUAUAGCCAGAUGCCACCCUCUGAGCUCAAGACUUCAUCCAGCCUCAGCAUCCAAAGUCAAACCUUCAAGUCCGAGGACGGCAUGACACCCCACAAGUUGCCUCUGACAGCAUCAGAAGCCCUAAAAUAUUUUAAGAACCAACUGUCUGUGUAUGAGCGAAAUGAAGUUCUGGGUUAUACAGAGCUCUGGUUUCUAGGGCUUGAGGCCCAGAAGUUAGAGGUGCUUCCUGAAAAACACAGCAAGACAAGCUUUGAUGAUGAACACGGCUCCUAUAUAAAGGUCCUGCAUGAUCACAUUGCCUAUCGCUACGAAGUCCUGGAGAUGAUUGGCAAAGGAUCCUUUGGACAGGUGGCCAAGUGUUUGGAUCAUAAAAAGAAUGAGUUGGUGGCACUGAAAAUCAUCAGGAACAAGAAGAGAUUUCACCAUCAAGCUCUUGUGGAGCUGAAGAUCCUAGAAGUCCUGAGAAAGAAGGAUAAAGACAAUACAUACAAUGUGGUACACAUGAAAGACUUUUUCUACUUCCGGAAUCACCUCUGCAUCACCUUUGAACUUUUGGGGAUCAAUUUGUAUGAGUUGUUGAAGAAUAAUAGUUUUCAGGGUUUCAGCUUGUCUGUGAUUCGACGCUUUACACUCUCGGUUCUAAAGUGUUUGCAAAUGCUGUAUGUAGAGAAAAUCAUUCACUGUGAUCUCAAACCAGAGAACAUUGUUCUAUACCAAAGGGGUCAUGUAUCAGUUAAAGUUAUUGACUUUGGGUCAAGUUGCUAUGAACAUCAAAGAGUGUACACUUACAUCCAGAGUCGUUUCUAUCGUUCCCCGGAGGUGAUUCUGGGCCAACCCUAUGACGCUGCUAUUGACAUGUGGAGCUUGGGCUGCAUUCUGGCAGAGCUGUACACUGGCUACCCACUUUUUGCUGGGGAGAAUGAAGUAGAACAGUUGGCCUGCAUUAUGGAGGUGCUGGGUCUACCACCGCUCUACUUAAUUCAGACUGCCUCCAGGAGGCAGACGUUCUUUGAUUCCAAAGGUUUUCCUAAAAAUAUAACCAACAACAGGGGGAAAAAAAGAUAUCCAGACUCCAAGGAUCUCACCAUGGUGCUGAAAACCUAUGAUACCAGCUUUCUGGACUUCCUGAAAAAGUGCUUGAUAUGGGACCCUGCACUUCGAAUGACUCCUGACCAGGCUCUCAAGCAUGUCUGGAUUGAGGAGUCAAGGAAUCUUAAAGGACGGUCCAAAAACCAGAACAUGAGGAAAGCCAGCCUCUGCUUCCUUGCAGAAAAGAAGGAGAAAGCCCAGCCGCAAGUCUGCUUGGGAAAGACAGCAGAAAAGGCCUCCGGGACAGAGAACAUGUACACAACCAAAGAUGAGGCUGCUGAGAAUAACCAACAUUCUGGUGACCAGCAGGUCUCCACCCAACCUUUGGGUGAAGGCAGAAUGGAAGUCGCAGGGCUAACCAGUGUGUGCUUGCCGCCUUUAACAGAAGCCACAGGAGGCACUGAGGAAUCAAAGGCAUGUAUAGACUCCGAGGGAGAACAUAACAAAGAGAUCUCUCCCAAGAACCCUACAUCUUUCUUACCUCCCAUUAUAUGACCUUCACUGGGGAUGGAUUCUGUUCCUUUCCACCAGUGAUUUAUAUUAGAGACAAUUCUUAUAUUGUACAAUAUUUCAGAUUGUUGUUUUUAAUUUAUAUAGGUUCAUUAAAAAAUGUCCACUCACACAGCCAGCUGGCAUAAUUCCUCUUGCUGGGGGUGUGAUUCCCCUCCCCCAUAAAUACACACAGACACACACACACAGACACACACACAGACACACACACGCACACGCACACAUACACACACGUACACAACCAGAGAAGGACUUGUGGCUAGGUAUUUUUCAACUUGUGUCAGGAUUAUUUUCCUUAGACUCUAUCUCAAUCAUUUUUAGCACAACUAAAGUUAUUUCUUAAAAGUGGGGAGAGAACACUGUGUUUGGAAUACUUUGACGUAUUUAGAUCUGGUUCUAGACAUGCAGUUUGAUAAUAUUCAACAUUAGGGAUUGAUUAAUCACUGAGAUUUUUUUGGUCUUUCAUCCUUACUGUAUUAUCCUAUAAUAGACAUGGCCUGUGUUCAUAUCCUCCAUGCCUUUUUUGAAAAAAAAAAUUAACUCCACUUUAAUUGAUACUUUUUAUUUUUUAAAAUUUU